CAAGCUCAAUUCAACGUUCAGAGCUGAAUUGACACUUUUGUAAUUUUAUUUUGUAGUGAAAUUUAACUAAAAAGUUGCAUCUCGAAAGGUGGAAGCGGUUUUUACAAGCAUUAUUUACAAUCGACGAUGAUGGACUCUCCGGACAUAAUUCAAGCUCGCAUUGCAUCGCAGGAAGCAAACCUCCGCCAACUGGGAUUUAACCGCAAUGCCCCUGAAGUGCUGGUGGACGUGGAAGAGUGGCUUCAGAUUGGCCUUCGCAAGGAUACCAUUGAUGAUGAGAUCCACUUUUGCGACGCGGCGCGACUGGCAGAAGUUCUCCAGCUGAAAUCAUCACUGACCGAUGUGGACCAGCGCGCGGUGGCAAAUGCCCGCAGGUGCAGCAAUCCGUUCGAGUUCAGGACGAAUCAGUUCGUUAGCAGAGCUGCCGUCAAAAUCGCUAAUUUGGAUGCCAUUUUUGACUGGAAACUCUGCCAGCUGGAGGAUGAGCGUGAUUUGAUGUACUUCGCGGAUGUCUUCGGAGGUCCCGGGGGAUGUAGUGAGUAUGUAUUGUGGCGAAACGCAACACGAUUCGCCAGGGGCUUUGGGUUUAGCACAAAGGGUGACUACGAGUUUAGGCCGGAACUGUUUCGAGCUGGUUGUCCGGAGUUGUUGGAUCCUUACUACGGUCCCAACGAUGACGGGAAUAUUUUCGAUCCGGGCAACAUUCGUGGCUUUAUUGAUUAUGUUCUAGCGCAAACGGAAAAUCUCGGAGUGCACCUGCUCGUGUGUGACGGAGGAUUCUUCAUUAAAAAUAACAACCAAGAGGUAAUAUCAAAGCAGUUGUAUUUGUGUUUAAGUCUAUUGGCCGUUAGCGUUGUUCGACCGAAAGGAAAUGCUAUUGUGAAGGUUUUUGAUUUAUACACUCCAUUUAGUGCAGGAUUAGUAUAUAUCCUUUCGAAAUCUUAUGGCAAGAUAUCAAUAGUUAAACCAGUCUCUUCACGUCCCGCCAACUCAGAGCGAUAUCUUAUCUGUGAAGAUCGUUUGAACCAGGAACCCGUCUUCGGUGAAUAUUUAUUUUUGGUUAACGAAGUCCUUUGGGAAAAUAAGCACCUGCAAUACGAUAUACUUGAAAUAGUUUCAAUGGAUACCAUGAAGCAAGACGUAGAUUUCUACAAUUUUAUCCGAAACUCCAACAAUGAUCUCGUUUGUCGUCAAAUCGAAGCUCUAAAGUCCCUAAUCGAGCGCAUCGGGAAGCCUUACAAACAUGCGGCGGUGGCUGACCGCGAGCUGAUGCAGUCGACGCUUUGGCGGUUGUGGAAGCUGGACCAUUCCUCGCAACUGUCUCCAAUCAGUCCGGAUGACGUGAAAAAAUCGGCAACAGAAUACGCGCAGCAUGUUUUGGAUGCCACAACUGUGAAUACUUUCACUAAAAAGGAAGCGCUUCUAUGUGACAGGAAGUCUUUGGUGAAAACAUUUGGCGAUCCAAACGAUUGGAGCUUCCUAUCGGUCGAUGUUACCGCGGAUCAGGACAAAAUGAUUAGAACCGUGUUCUUGAGCAAGGGCAAUGGAAAUGUGUUUUACUUUGAUCGUGUGGGAAAAGAGUGGCGACAGGUCACCGAGUACUGUUUGGUACUCUUGCCCAAAACGGUUCUUUACGGCGAAAUAGUGGAGGAAAUUUCGGUGAUGGACAAAAAACAUAAAAUAAUGUUGGCGCUCCACAUCAUCGAUGCAAUCGUACUGGGAGGUCAGAACAUCGGCAGUUAUUCUCUGAAGAAGCGAAACGCCCUUUGUGCCAAGUUUGCGGAAGCUUUGAAUCGACCCUUGGCCCAUCGUAGCGCUGCUGCCGAUGUGUGUCCAAUUCCGAUUCGCUACAAACAAAUGUACCCAAUGACCGAUCUGGAUGGUUUCUUCGACGACAUUUCGAUUAACGAACUCUCCGGCAGUGGCACUAAAGUACUCGGCUGUGAGGUGGAAAGCGUCGAUUCGCGCGAGUCGACACGGUUCUACAUACCACGUGGUUUGCUGUUCAUGCGUCAUUCGCUCGCGAAGAAUCAAGGGGUGAAGAAAAAACUGGACUUUGACAAAUGCUUUGCCAGCCGCCAGCUGUGGGUGUGGACUCAAAGUAGUCAAAUUUAUUCGACCACGCAAUGCCUCCGUAUGGCGCGAGAAUCAGGCUUGGUUUAUCGAAAGGAUAUCGAUAAAUUCGUUGAAAAGUUCGCGCGGAAUCAUGUGAAGUAAAUAGGAAACAAUUUUAGUGAAGUA